GCUCACCCAGUGAAACCCUCCUCUUUCAUUUCAGUUGUGAGUUUGAGAGACGAAGAUUUAUAUAGAUUUAGAGAAUCUAAAGUACUAUUACUAUACUCUUUAAUUUAAUGCCCGAGAGCAGGAUUUAAUCAGUGGUUAGUGUGUUCACUUUGGAUCUGUUUUCUUUUUUCUCACAAUGAGCCACCUGUUUCUGCUGUUUCUUGGUCUUCUGUUCGCCGUGUUGAAGGACAUGGGCGCUCAAAAAACAUGUGCUAAAGGACAUAUAACUGACAAUGACCAAUGUGUAGAUGAGAAUGAGUGUGAGUCUGACACAGGAUUGGCAUCAAUAUGUGGUGUAAAUGCAACUUGCUACAACACAAAUGGUAGCUACUACUGUCAGUGUCUAACGGGGUACCAGACAAGAUCUGUUAAUUUCAAUCAGGAUAAUGGUGAACAAUGCAAAGAUAUUAAUGAGUGUACUACAAACAAAGUCAUCUGUGGCUCUGAUGCUACAUGCCAUAACGCCCCUGGUUCCUAUUACUGCACGUGUGUUUCUGGUUUUGUGGCCAGCAACGGACAGCAGCAGUUUACUGCAAGUCAAAAUGUUACAUGCAACGGUGAGACAUGAAUUAGCUAAUGGAUGAAAGUAACAAGCAUGAGGACUUUUUUAUGUUAAUAAUUUUAUAGUUUUCAUUAACUCUGCUGUAACAUUAUCUGAACUUAAUGUAAUAAGCUCACUUUCAUGUCUACCCAAAUGAUAGGAAUACAUUUGACAUUGUAGCAAGGAUUUGUAAAACACAUUUGUAUAUUCUGUGAAUAUUUGUGAAAGACUUAAAGUUACUACUGUGUUUACUGUAGUUUUAUAGUAAACCUUCAACAUGAUACUUCGUAGAGCAUUUAAUGUUUAAUCUACACCACUUUAUUUAGAAUACACUACAUUAGCUUACAUGUAAGAAAUAAAAAAAAACUGAAACAAAAAUAAAAUUAAUAUAUAUUUAAAUAUAUAUAUAUACUGCUCAAAAAAGUAAAGGGAACUCUUAGUUCUGGUUUGACUUGAACUGAUACAUACACAUAUGAGAGGC